AUGAAAUUUAAAUCACUACCUUUUGAUAUCCAAAUCGGACGUUCGUCGGCAUUUUACAUCCGUCUAACCAACAGAAACAUUCGCAUCCAGAAAAAUUUUACAAAAUUUCGGUAUUACGUAAAAUGAUAGGCAUUCAAAAAAAGCGACCAGCCGCCGGAGACUACGUAGUGCCAAACAAUUCGGCUCUAAAUCUGCAGAAUAGGCCCAGUAUCUACGAUCAAACGCCCAACCAAAUGGAGAAGACCGCCAAGUGCCGCUACUGCGAGAACAUGGCCAAGAACUUUCUCUACCUGGAGAGCCUGAUACGGAACAACAAGGAUAACGACAAGAACAACAAGUGCAACUUGUGCAACUCGUCGCUGAAGUACUUGGAGUAUGUCAACCGCAAUAUUCGCCAGGUUUUCGGCAACUUCGAUUCAAUUGUCCAGGCGGAUCGUGCUCUGCAAUCCAAGCCGGCCAUGAUGCCCAAAUACUCGGUGGGCCCGGCUCCGGAAAAGGCUGAUCUGCGCUCCAAGGGUGGUGCCAUUGUCUCCCAGCAAAGGUCGGCCAAAAGCCUCAAGUCCAGCCUAAAAUCCCUCAAAUCCAAGACCAAGGAGAAGAGCCAGAAGUCAUUGAAGACGCUUAAAUCGCGUAAAUCUGCCAAAUCACUCAAGUCCUCCAGGUCCACGAAGUCGAGCAAAUCGCAGAAGUCAUCCCUCAAGAAAAUUCCAACCAAACCGAAGAGCGCGAGUCCCAAGAGCCAAAUCAGCCAUGGCAAGAUGAUAUUGAAGCGCAAAUUCCGGAACAAGAUGGCUGGCAAGUUGGGCGGCAACAAAGUGGUACGCAGUGUCAGUCAGUACCGCGCCCUGGGUUCCGCCCGCUCCAAAAUCUCGAAGGGAUCUAGCCACAAGAGGCUGAUCAAGCAGCGGUCCACCGCUCCACCGACCAGCAUCAACUGGCAGCUCCUCAAACGAAACCUGCCCAAGCGGCCCAAUCCAGUGAAGUAGGGGAAAAGAUGACCGGCGAUCGGCAGAUUGUCCUAAAAUCCAAUGUGUCCAGACCAAAACUAUCUCGUUUGUCAAAAUUCUUCAAGUGAUCUUUGCAUGAAUAAACUCAACACAUAGUUUAAUAAAAACUUUUUAUAUUGUACAA